CUGUGGCCCCAGUCAAUUUGACUGGUGCACUCAACGCUGCUGGUCCGUCACGCCCCCGCAAGGUACAAAUCCGCAGGUCACUCCUGAUGGUCAUUGCGUCUCAGUUGAGAGCGGUGACGAUGAGUGGGAUAUUCCAAGGGCCCACAAGAAGAAGAAAGGAAAAACCAGCCACUUCUCGAAACUCCACCUUCAAAAGGUUGGGGGAUAGGGAAGAGCGUCAGAGGAAGUCAGCCAAGCUGAGAUUGGGGCAGAGCGGUGCCAAUGUUAGCGCGUUCGCCCGGUUAGGCGAGAGGAGGGAGGCCGAGCCUGCCCGUACCCAGCGCUCCCGGUCUAACCGGCAGGAGCCAGUAAAGAUGAGGGCCUCUCGUCAAGAAGAGGAAGCAGAGAGCCAGCCCAGAGGACCGGUGGCUAACCGGUUAACCAUCCCAAAUGAUCGCGUCCAACAGAUGGAGGUGAAACUGGAAAGGCUGAAGAAGAAGGUUGGGGAAAAGAAUGACCGGGACAAACCCCUCGCCGGGUCCCCGUUCACCACAAGGGUCCAUCUGACACCUUUCCCGCGAAAGGUCAAGAUAGACGCCCCUAGAUUCACCGGGAAGGAAGACCUAGAAAUCCAUCUGGAUUCUUUCAAUCAGAGUGCAACCAUGAACGGUUGCACAGAUGAAGAAAAGUGCCUUUUCUUCUUCCAAACCCUGCGGAACCGAGCUACUGAAUGGUUCAACAAGCUUCGCCCAGGAAGCAUUGAUUCAUUUAGUGACUUGGCCUCAAAAUUUAAGGCCAAGUUCUAGGAGAAUGGUACUAAGAGGAAGAAAUUCACAUAUCUUAGUACAGCCGGGCAGGGGGAAUCUGAGAACCUCACUCAGUUCCUUACCCGGUGGAAGGAAGAGGUAGACAAGGUGGAAGAGAUGAACUAUAAGACAGUCUUGUCUCUCCUUUUGAAUGGCUUACAUGCCAGGGAACUAUACAAGGAGUUCUGCCGAAAACCCCCAGCCACGUAUCAAGAGGCCUACCACACUACAUGGGAAUUUGCUGAGGCUGAAAACCAACUCCGGGUGAAGAAAGAGGCUGAGCACGG